UCAAGUAUGAAGUACAAGACGUACCCGUGGCCAAAAUAUUAUUAUUCACUAUUCAGCAUUGUGCAUAAUAUUAAUUUUUCCAUAUUAAUUAAUUAUAAGGAAUACAAUUUUUGUGUUAAAACUUAAAGCGUAAUAAAUCAGAUGAAAUUACGUAAGUGCGUAAUGUAGUUAACAAUUAAAAUAAAAUAGUUAUUUUAUAAUGCUCGCCCAUUUUAAUUGGCUGUAAAUCUAAAUAUUUUUAUCUUAUCUUUUAAUUUCAACCUAAAAACUUUUCACCAUUUGCACCGUUCCUACUUCGCCUUCUACCUUGUCAUGUACUUGAAGAGUGUGUUACGUCAGAACUAGUUCAGUAUUUUUGUACUAAUUAGUGGCAUAUCAAGAUACCAAUUGGAUAUUUAUAUUAAGUAUUUGUGUUACUUUACGUAAAAUUAUUUUAAAACAUUCUGAAAAUACUAUCAAGAUGGCUGAGAGUUUACCGGAAACAUUAAAUAUGAAAGACCUGCCUACAAAACAAGUCAAACUAAGUGUACCACCAUUGAAUGAAAUUAAUGAAGUUAUUUUACCAGAGUUAUUAAAGAACUUUGAAAGUGUAAGCGUUGAUGUAGUCCAAUGCCCUGACCUCACACAACCACCAUUUUACUUGGCGUCUGAAGGUUUGAGUGGUGACGAAAAUAUAUUUGAUAUUGGAAGUCCAUCUUAUUUGCUUCCGUUGGUGAAUAGAAAUAAGGUUUAUGAUAUUAAAGAUUUCAAACAGAUAACUGGAACUGAUCCAAUUUUUGCCGUGGGAGCAGGUGCAGGCCCAUGGCCUCAUGUAGGAGUAAAUUCCGAAUUAGCUGGAAAUGUCCAUAUGGCUUGCAGCUAUGUUAAAAAUAGCUCUCGUGUUGUCAAAAUUAAUUCAGAAACUAAGAGCUAUGAACUUGAACAAUUACCUGCAAACGAAACAAGAUUUGCUCUUUUAGCCAAUUUUUACACAAGUAAUGGCGUCAGAGGAGAGGUUUUGCGAAUUGUAUGUGAAAAACGUAAAGGUUUGCUGGACUUUGUAACUUCUAUAAGACUAGCUCUAUCAACAUUUUAUGGAAAUCAAAUAGUUGGGCUAGGAGGAGUUAUUUUAAUUGAAAAUGGCAAAAUAAAAGUUCACGUUAUGCCAGAUUUUUCAAAAGUGCCCAUAAAUUCAGAAGAAGACUUAAAUAAAUGGUUGAAUUUCUUUGAAGUACCAUCGCCUUUAGUGUGUCUAGGAUAUCUCGUAUCUCACGAUCCAGGUUUAGAUUUGAGACCUCAACAUUUCCAUUCAUUCAGUGAACAUGGUGCAGGAGGGCACUAUCAUUAUGAUACAGAUCCAACAACCAUUAAAUACACAGCUUAUUUAAAUGUAGCAAGACAUAUAUACAGAGUUGAUCAACCUGCCGAGGGUGUUGUUUUAUUUGGCAAAGAUUAGUCUUAAAAUUAUAUUUUUUUGUUAUUAGUAACAUAAUCAUUCCUGCUUAUUUUCUUUACUUUAAAAUUAGCAUUAGCUAUAAUAUUUAUAAAAAAUAUUUUAUUAUUGAUUAAUUAUAAAGAAAUAUUAAUAGUUGUUUGCUUUAAUAAAAGUUGCAUUAAAAAAUAAAAAUAGACUGAUAAACUAGUUA